AUUCGAUAUCCCCAAAGUGUUUGUUCUUCAGAAUGAAGACCAUCACUUCUUCCCUCCUCACUCUGGCCUUCUCGGCCCUGGCCUCUGCCACCGACGGACCGGGAAAGGGGCAUGACGGCCCCGGCGGGCACCAUGGCGGCGAAUGCAAGCGGCCCCUCGUCACCUCGGAGAAACUGCAGUCGCGCAUCAAGACCGAGGACCUGCUCGCGGGCUCUCAAAAGCUGCAGGACUUCGCCAACGCCAACGGCGGCAACCGUGCCUUUGGCGGUGGCGGCCACAACGCCACCGUCGACUACCUCUACGAGAGCCUCACGGCCCUCAAGUACUACGACGUGGUGAAGCAGCCCUUCACCGAGAUCUACUCGGAGGGAACCGCCACGUUCACAGUCGACGGCCAGGCCUUCGAUGUGAAUGUCAUGACCUACACCCCCGGUGGCGAGGCUACCAAGCCCCUGGUUGCCGUCGCCAACCUGGGCUGCGAUGUCGCCGAUUACCCGGCCACAAUCUCGGGCAACAUCGCCCUCAUCUCCCGCGGCAGCUGCACCUUUGCCCAAAAGUCGCUCAACGCUAAGGCUGCCGGCGCCGUAGGAGCGGUUGUUUACAACAACGUGGCUGGCGAGCUCUCGGGCACCCUCGGCGAACCCUUCCUGGAGUACGCCCCGGUCGUGGGCCUCAGCCAGGAAGAUGGUACAGCGCUGCUGGAGAAGCUCGCGGCGGGCGAGGUGACGGCCACUCUCGAUGUCGACGCAGUGGUGGAGGAGCGCGUCAGCUACAACGUCAUCGCCGAGACCAAGGAGGGCGACCACAACAACGUCCUGGUUGUGGGCGGGCACUCGGACUCGGUGCCGGCGGGCCCAGGUAUCAAUGACGAUGGCUCCGGCAUCAUCGGUAUUCUCACCGUGGCCAAGGCAUUGGCCAAGUUCCGCGUCAACAACGCCGUUCGCUUCGCGUUUUGGAGCGCCGAGGAGUUCGGACUGCUUGGUUCGUACUACUACAUGAACUCGAUCAACAGCUCCGAGACAGAACUGGCCAAGAUUCGCGCCUACCUCAACUUUGACAUGAUCGCGAGCCCCAACUACAUUUACGGCAUUUAUGAUGGUGAUGGCAACGCGUUCAACCUCACCGGCCCCGCCGGCUCCGACGUCCUCGAGCGCGACUUCGAAGCCUUCUUCCAGGGCAAGUCCACCCCUUCGAUCCCGACCCCCUUCAGCGGCCGUUCGGAUUACGCGGCUUUCAUCGAGAACGGCAUCCCGUCGGGCGGCCUGUUCACGGGCGCCGAGGAGCUCAAGACGGCCGAAGAAGCGGCGCUGUUCGGCGGCGAGGUCGGCGUGGCGUACGACGUGAACUAUCACAAGAAGGGCGACACCAUCGACAACCUGGCGUUGGACGCGUACUUGCUGAAUACGCAGGCCAUUGCCGACAGCGUGGCCAAGUAUGCGCGCAGCUUUGAGAGCCUGCCGGCAGUCGAGGCCAAGACGCGGCGCUGGGAUGCGGAUCGCGCGAGGAUGCUCAAGAGGAGCGGCGGUGUGCAUGGCCAUGCGCAGAAGCAUGCCCAUGCGGGGCCUUGCGGUGGUGGGCCGACUAUCUGAGAAUAGAUAGCGGUUUCUGAGUAGCGAGCGGCCUUGAAGCUGGGUUCUGUGUCUUUGUUGGAAGUGGGGAGAUGGCCGAUGAAUGUAUGUAUCAACGAUACCGUGAGCGAUGGAUGACGGUCCGGGUACAUACGACAUAACGAGAAUGAAUAAUGUGGCAUCAGCCAUUGGUGUAUCGUCCAUCAUAUGUCAGCACAGCUAUCCACUUCAACUGCUGUCUUGAACCUUGCCCAUUCGGGCUAUCACUCAAGUAUCUGUUGAUCGACUGUUGAAGAAAUGUGUAG